UACAUCUUCUGCGUAACUUGCGCCAGUGAGCGACGGUGAGCGGCUCUUCGGACGAUUGGUAAAAAAGAAUUUUAGAAUAAUUUUAAGUGUGUUUAUACGGUUUAAUUCUUAUUUAACAUAAUAAUCGAACUAUGAUAAUAACAUAAAUUAUAUUCCGAUAAGGAAUAUCAAAUAACGAGCAACAUUAUAUUCAUUUGAAAUUUGCGCGUAGUUAUAAACCGAUUUAAGAUAAUAUUAUUAUAGAUGUUUAAUCAAUUUCCGAUCCUUCGAAGCUGAAUGAUAAUCUUCUACGAUCGGACGUAUUUGUAUUUAUAUAAAAAGAUAUUUUAAUAGUUUCACGUGAAUCUUAAGAGAAAAGAGGAAAAUAUUUUCUUUUAAUAUGGACAAACCAGUUUCCUCGGAUAUCGUUCUAAUAGCGGGCAAUUCACAUCCAGAAUUGGCUAAUUUAAUCGCUAAUCGCCUUGGUGUAAAGCAUGGUGGAUGUUCCGUAUAUCAUAAAUCAAACCGUGAAACUAUGGUUGAAAUAAGUGAUUCCGUACGAGGUAAAGAUCUGUAUAUAAUUCAGACUGGUACAAAAGAUGUUAAUAAUAAUAUAAUGGAGCUCCUCAUCAUGGCAUAUGCCUGUAAAACGUCAUCGGCAAAAAAUAUUGUCGGCGUAAUUCCUUAUUUACCUUAUUCUAAACAAUGCAAGAUGCGUAAGCGUGGCUGUAUAGUUUCCAAACUCUUAGCAAAGAUGUUAUGCAAAAGUGGUUUAACACAUAUUAUUACUAUGGACUUACAUCAAAAAGAAAUCCAAGGAUUUUUCGAUGUUCCUGUAGAUAAUUUAAGAGCCAGUCCAUUUUUAUUACAAUAUAUUCAAGAGUCUAUACCUGAUUAUCACAAUUCUGUAAUCGUUGCAAGAAAUCCAGGAAGCGCAAAAAAGGCAACUAGUUAUGCAGAAAGAUUGCGUUUAGGAAUAGCAGUUAUACACGGAGAACAAAGAGAAGCCGAAUCAGAUAUGAAUGAUGGACGUUAUUCUCCACCAGCGUUAGCCUCAAGAACAAUGGAGGUUGGUGUAGGUGUGCCUAUGCAUCCUGCCAAAGAAAAGCCUCCGAUCAAUGUUGUAGGAGAUGUCGGAGGACGCAUUGCUAUUAUGGUGGAUGAUAUGAUAGAUGAUGUACAAUCCUAUGUAGCAGCGGCUGAAGUACUUAAAGAAAGGGGUGCAUAUAAAAUUUAUGUAUUAGCUACUCAUGGUUUACUUAGUUCGGAUGCACCAAGACUUAUCGAAGAGUCACCAAUUGAUGAGGUUGUUGUGACCAACACUGUACCUCAUGAUGUACAAAAAAUGCAAUGUCCAAAAAUCAAAACUGUUGAUAUAAGCAUUUUAUUAGCUGAAGCUAUUCGACGUAUUCACAAUAAAGAAUCAAUGUCUUAUUUGUUUAAAAAUGUUACAUUAGAAGAUUGAAAAUAUGUUGAUAAUAUGUAUGAUUUACAGUAAAUCUAAAUUUAGCAAACAUAAAAUUCAAUUUCAAUUAAGUGGCUGAAUUCUUCAUAUUAUUCAGUAUUGAGAUAACAUAAAACAUAUCUAUGUCUUAAUUGUGCAUAAUAUUUUUAUAACACAGAUUAUUUCUUAAAAGGAUAAAAUAUUUUAAUUACCAAAAGAUGUAAGUUUAUUUCUUAUACUUAACAUUUAUAAAAUUUGAUAAGAGCUCAAUAAUUAUAAAUUACAUGGUAAAAGAUAUGAUAACAUAAUUUACAUUUUUGAACUUACAUCAUUCAAUUUAAGCGAAUUUCUAAUCCACUAUCCAUGAUUGAAAUUACUUUAUAGUCUUACCCAUAAAAUCAUAAUUCUUUAUUUGAGCACACUAUAAUUUACAAUGAAAAUAUUUUAUAUGAAUCUAGCAAUUAUUAUUCACUUAUGUAAAAGACAACAGUAUUUUUAUGUUUGUCAUAUCAUUUUUAUGUUGAUGAUGUUAUUAAUUUUACAUUCUUAAAAAUUAUUAUGUAUUCUAGAUCCAAAAAUGAAUAAAUGUCUAUUAUUAAAUUAA